AUGCCGCACCAUGCAAGUCACUUUGUCCCUACCCCUCCAGUCGUCAUCCUAUCCCUCCCCUCGACAGCCUACCCCUCCAGUCGUCAUCCUACCUCUCCCCUCGACAGCCUACCCCCCAGUCGUCAUCCUACCCCUCCCCUCGACAGCCUACCCCCCAGUCGUCAUCCUACCCCUCUCCUCGACAGCCUACCCCUCCAGUCGUCAUCCUACCCCUCCCCUCGACAGCCUACCCCCCAGUCGUCAUCAUAUACCUCCCCUCGACAGCCUACCCCCCCAGUCGUCAUCCUACCCCUCCCCUCGACAGCCUACUCCUCCAGUCGUCAUCCUACCCCUCCCCUCGACAGCCUCACCCCCCAGUCGUCAUCCUACCCCUCCCCUCGACAGCCUACCCCUCCAGUCGUCGUCAUCCUACUCCUCUCUUCGACAGCCUACCCCCCAGUCGUCAUCCUACCCCUCCCCUCGACAGCCUACCCCUCCAGUCGUCAUCCUACCCCUCCCCUCGACAGCCUACCCCUCCAGUCGUCAUCCUAUCCCUCCCCUCGACAGCCUACCCCUCCAGUCGUCAUCCUACCUCUCCCCUCGACAGCCUACCCCCCAGUCGUCAUCCUACCCCUCCCCUCGACAGCCUACCCCCCAGUCGUCAUCCUACCCCUCUCCUCGACAGCCUACCCCUCCAGUCGUCAUCCUACCCCUCCCCUCGACAGCCUACCCCCCAGUCGUCAUCCUACCCCUCUCCUCGACAGCCUACUCCUCCAGUCGUCAUCCUACCCCUCCCCUCGACAGCCUACCCCUCCAGUCGUCAUCCUACCCCUCCCCUCGACAACCUACCCCUCCAGUCUUCAUCCUACCCCUCCCCUCGACAGCCUACCCUUCCAGUCGUCAUCCUACCCCUCCCCUCGACAGCCUAACUCUCCAGUCGUCAUCCUACCCCUCCCCUCGACAACCUACCCCUCCAGUCGUCAUCCUACCCCUGCCUUCGACAACCUACCCCUCCAGUCGUCAUCCUACCCCUCCCCUCGACAGCCCCCCCAGUCGUCAUCCUACCCCUCCCCUCGACAACCUACCCCUCCAGUCGUCAUCCUACCCCUCCCCUCGACAGCCUACCCCUCCAGUCGACGUCAUCAUACACCUCCCCUCGACAGCCUACCCCCCCCCCCCCCCCCAGUCGUCAUCCUACCCCUCCCCUCGACAGCCUACUCCUCCAGUCGUCAUCCUACCCCUCCCCUCGACUGCCUAACCCCCCAGUCGUCAUCCUACCCCUCCCCUCGACAGCCUACCCCUCCAGUCGUCGCCAAUCUUACUCCUCUCUUCGACAGCCUACCCCUCCAGUCGUCAUCCUACCCCUCCCCUCGACAGCCUACCCCUCCAGUCGUCAUCCUACCCCUCCCCUCGACAGCCUACCAAACCCCUAGCCGUCCUAUCCCUCCAGUCGCCAUCCUGCUCCACCCCUCACCAGCCUGCCCCACCCGUCGCGAUCCUACCCCACCUGUUGCCAUUCUGCCUCACUCCCUGGCCAUACUCAAUCUCGCCAACAAGCCCCCUUCACAUCGCCAUGAUGCCACCAAAAUAUCUUGCUUCACAAAUAGUUCGUGA